CUCACUGGCCCCCACUCCAGUGGACAGGACAAAGAUACCCAAGGUCUACCCGGAGCAGAUCGCUCUGAGCAAGUUGGAACACGCCACUCGUCACUGGCCCAUGGUCUACGCAAACACACUCAUCUACACACUCACACACACAGGAGCUGGACUGUCUACCGGCUCAGUCUAAUCAAACAAGAGACCAUGUCAGACCCACAACUGGAGCAAUGCAGACAGGUGAUCACUCAGCUCUAUGAGAAAGAGAAAGCCAACGAGCCACUGUCAAUACCGACUGGUGGCAUGAACAAAGGGGUUAAGAGAGAUGAACAGUAUCGCAGUCUGUGGUCAGAGCUAGAGGACUUGGCACAUAUGUACAGCUCCAACUCUGAGAGGCAUCGUCACUUGCUAGAGUUCCUCCUUCAGAUGACCUCCCGUUGUCUGAGCAUGCAGCUGCCUAGGAAAACACCUCCCGUCAAGACAGAGAAUGGCAGUACAGCCACUGAGAGUUCUUCAAAUUGGAGGGAUGUCGAAAAGCACUCCAACGAUAGAGGUGGAAGGUCAGUCAAUGGCUCAGACUAUAAGUGGAACACGAGGACACAGGAAGGUCACAGACCACACCCACUAGUGGACGGAGGACUCCCCACACUCGCUAAACCUGGAGACUCAUUACUGUCGAUGUGGACAAACAGGAAACGUGUCGCGGCUGAUGGUUGUCAUCAAGAGUUUGCCGGCCGUAGCUAUGGUGAAUCAAAGAUUGAGCUUUACAAGAACUUGAGAACUAGCAAUGUUGCACCAUUACUAGAUCACGAAUGAACGAACACUCUACAUCUGUGUGUGUGUGCAUUUGCUGUUGUUGUUGUGGAGAUAAAUUUAUUGACAAUGAACCAAAAUCCAUAAACUAGCGUGCAUGAACUAAUUUGACAUGUAUACAUGCA